AUUGUGAAACAAGAUGGCGGAAAGAAUUAAAGAUGUAGAUGAUGGAAACGAUCUUCCUUUCGGUUGGGAGUCUCGUUUUAUGUCCGAUGGACGGCUGUAUUACAUCGAUCACAAUACAAAGAAAACGCAGUGGCAACAUCCAAGAACUGGUAAUGUAACCAAAAUAGACGGAGAGUUGCCAUUUGGUUGGUACAAGCAGGAAGAUAACGAUGGUGCAACAUGUUUUUUUAGUACUAUCAACGGAAAGUCAACUUACAUUGAUCCACGCGUUAUUUUUAAAACAAAACCAAGAGUUAAAGGGAAGAUUAAGGUGGAUGCAUGCCAAACAGCAUCAGAUGUUUUGAAGAAUAAAAAUCUCUCAGGAAAAGUUGUCAUUAUCACUGGAGCUAAUUCCGGAAUAGGGUUUGAAACAGCUAAAGCAAUGUCUCUCUUUGGUGCUCACGUAAUUAUGGCUUGUCGUGAUCUUCACAAAGGAAGCAUUGCAGCUGAAAAAAUUCGUUCUGUUCGCAAAACUAUCAUUCCCUUAGUAACUGUGCUAAAAUUGGACUUGGCUUCAUUUGCUAGCAUCAGAGAAUUUGCUGAAAAGUUUGAUGAUAUGAAAUUAUCUCUCAAUAUUUUGAUAUGUAACGCUGCUGUGUGGACAUCUUCAUGGCAAACAACACAAAACAACGUUGAAAAAACCUUUGGUGUUAACCAUGUUGGACAUCAUUAUUUGGUGAGAAUGUUACAAGAUAAUUUAAUCUCAUCUGCACCUUCAAGGGUUGUAGUUCUCACAUCUGAAUCACACAGAUUUCCAAACUUUGACUACUCGGAACAUCUGGACUUGAAAAAUCUUCCUCAGACAAGAGACAAUUACUGGUCAAUUCUUGCUUACAACCAAAGCAAACUUUGCAACAUUUUAUUUUCCAUGGAAUUCAAUCGUCAGUUUUCUUCACAUGGGGUAACAUCAAAUGCUGUACAUCCUGGCAAUAUGAUCUACAGCUCAUUGGGAAAAAGCUCUUUGUUCAUUUCAAUAUUUUAUGCACUGUGUCGACCAUUUUCAAAAUCAGCUGCUCAAGGGGCUGCUGUUGUUGUAUAUUGUGCCACAUCAAGUGAACUGGAUAAUGCUGGUGGAUAUUAUUUUAAUAAUUUUUAUGCAAUUGAACCAUCAAAAGAAGCUAUGAACUCAACGAGAGCCAAAGAACUUUGGAAAUUUACGGAGAACUUAAUAAAGACACACCAGCAGGAAAAGGUUUUCUCAGUAGGAACAGUCAGAGAACUUGAACGGAUCACUUUAUUAAAGCGUCAGCAACUGUUAAUAUAUUUUUGUUUUUUCAAUACUAAAUGGAAGGGAAAACGCUAACAAGAAUGGGCCAGACAUCACAGAACUCAAUAAGGGAGUCAAAGAUUCACCUAAAUGUUGAAGGAACUCCAGGAAAUAAUGAAGAAAGAGAUGAGUUUUAUGUUCAGUUGGCAGAAAAAUGCAAACGUCAAGCUGCCAAGGAAGUGAACGAACUGAAAAAUAAGGAAGACUGUUCAAAAAUGUCUAACGGUCGUAGUUUGACCGUCGUCCGAAUUCCUCGGUAUUUAAACGAUGAAAACCUCAGAAAAAUUGAAAACCAUUUAUCGGAAUACUAUAUGGAGACAGUCUGUCAAAAAUUAUGGCAAAAUGCACAGAAUGCAGUCUAUGGUGUAGAAUGUAUAAGCAGUUGCAGUUAAAAUGAAACUGUAGAAAACAAAAGACAUGUUAUCGUUCAACUGUUACACGAGAAAAUAUGCACCUCAACCUUCACAAAGGUCCAACGAACACCUAACAUGAGAGUGAAGAUAGCUGAGAAAAAGCCAUCCUGAUUUGAAAAUGAAAAAAAAACGUUUUUAUGGAAUGGAGAAAUUUUCUUCGUGAUGUGUGUGUCAUCAUACUAUGUUCAACUAGCAGUUAUUGGAGACAAUUUUACUUUAUUUAUUGAAGAGAAACAUAAAUUGUAUGCACUAUUGCCAUGUAAAUAUCUAACAUUACACAAGUACAAAACGAAUGCUUUUAUAAUGGCUAUCAAAUGACGAGCUUUAGGCACUUCAAGUCCUAUUUAUCUUAACAGCACUAAUCUUCAAGUUCGCGCAAAAAGCGGAGGAGUUAAUAUACAUAGACGUUAAAAAUAAAACUAAUGCCUUUUUGUUGUAAAACUACUUACUUGCGUUAGAAUUAAUGUUUGCAAAGAAAAAUAUAUAUGAUAAAAUCUGUCUAA